GAUUAAUCAGUGACAGGAAGCCGCCUCUUUCAGAGCAGUGGCCAGCUGUGGUCAGCACAGUCUGCAGGCCAGCACCAGGAGUCUGUCCACCUUCCCGCCUGCUACUCACCCCCGCUCCUGCCAUGGGGUGCUUUAGGGCCCUCCUUUUCCUGCUGGGGGCUCUGGGGGCUGUCGCUGAGAUCUGUGAAAUACCAGAGGUCGACAGCAAGCUAGUAGAGAGACUGGGCCAGCACGUCUUGCCCUGGAUGGACCUGCUCUCCCUGGAGCACCUGAACCCCAGCCUCUAUGUGGGCCUGCGUCUGUCCCGCCUGCAGGCUGGGGCCAAGGAGGCCGUCUACCUGCACAACCUCAAGCUCAGUUACCAACAAAGCCUCCUGGGGUCUGCCUCUGGUGAUGAUGACGACGGAGACGUCCGGGCCAAACCCUCCCUGGGCCAACUGGCCCUCUACCUGCUCGCUCUCAGGGCCAACUGCGAGUUUGUCGAGGGCCGCAAGGGGGACAGGCUGGUCACACAGCUCAAGUGGUUCCUGGAGGAAGAGAAAAGGGCCAUUGGUCACAAUCACAAGGGUCACCCCCACACCAGCUACUACCAGUACGGCCUGGGCAUCCUGGCCCUGUGUGUCCACCAGAAGCGGGUCCAUGACAGUGUGGUGGGCAAGCUCCUGUAUGCUGUGGAACACAGCCAACACCUCCAGCAGGGUCAUGUCCCCGUGGACACCAUGGCCAUGGCAGGCUUGGCCUUCACCUGUCUGCAGCGUUCCAAUCUCAACCCAGAUCAGAGGAACCGGAUGGCCCUGGCCAUCAGGACAGCGAGAGAAAAGAUCCUGCAGGCCCAGACCGGAGAGGGCCACUUUGGGAAUGUGUACAGCACCCCUCUGGCACUGCAGUUUCUGAUGACGUCCCCGCUGCCCGGCGUCCAGUUGAGUACAGCAUGCCAGAAGACGAGGGCUGGUCUGUUGGCCAGCCUGCAGGAUGGGACAUUCAAGAAUGUUCUCCUGAUCUCCCAGCUGCUGCCUGUCCUGAACCGCAAGAGCUAUGUGGAUCUCAUCUCCCCAGACUGCCUGGCACCAAGAGCCAUGCUGGAACCAGCUACAGAGACCCUUUCACAGACCCAAGCCCCAGAGGACAUCAGCGUCCGGCUGAGAGUCCCCAGCGUCCUGCCGAUGUACAGUCACUCCAUUUCUGUCCCUGCUGGGUCCUCCUUGGAAGAUGUCCUGAAGAAGGCCCAGGCGCUUGGAGGAUUCACGUAUGGAACCCAGGCCUCCUUGUCAGGUCCCUACCUGACCUUGGUGAUGGGGAAGGAAGCCGGGGAACGUGAGUUCUGGCAGCUCCUCCGGGACCCCGACGUCCCCUUGCUGCAAGGUAUUGCCGACUACAGACCCAAGGAUGGUGAAACCAUCGAGCUGAGGCUGGUGAGCUGGUAGCCGACUUCAGCCCUGUACCCUCUCUGGGCCUCUGCCUCCACCCAGACACUUGGGGCAUGGCCCCAUCAUCUCAGUCGCCACUCGGCGGGGAUCCAAAGCCACCGCCCAGCCAGGAGCAGGGAGCCAAGCACCGCCCCAAGAGGUCCCCUGAAAGUCACCCAGAGGCUGCAGUCUUGAAGCAUCUCUGACUCCUCAGCACCAGAGUAUCCCUGCCCCCCACCCACACCCCUGCCACUGGCAUCGUGAGCCCGUGAGCCCCACUGGCUCUGGGGCUGGGCACCUGCAGGAAGGAUGCCAGUGUCGUGGGCACCCCCAAAGCCAGUGUGGGGAGCGCAUUAGCUGGUGAAGACUCCACAGAGCUGCUCAAAGUCUGCUUCCAAAAUGAUUAAAGCAUUGAUUGUGCAC